AUGUCAUGGAAACCGGCACGUCUUAGAUCUUGUGGAGUGUACCAGGUACAGACGGCUGGUGGCCCACCUGAGACUGACAUUUUACACAAAACGGGCCUCCACUACCCUUCACGUAAAUCCAAUGUGCGUCGCCAGCGUGCUAUAUCAGUAACAACACCUUUCCCCUGUGAGGAGUCCCUCCACUGGGGUCGUAGCAAGCAAGUGCCCACCAGCGUACACAAGCUGCGGCCAGGGGACAUCGAUGUGGUGGCAGCUAUUGGAGACUCUCUGGUUGCUGGUAGCGGAGCCUUGGAGGAGUUUGCACUUGGCGCUGUAGUGGAAUAUCGAGGUGUAUCCUGGUGCGCCGGCGGAGAUAGCACGUGGCGUGAGUUCCUAACAUUACCAAAUAUCUUAAAGGAGUACAACCCAAACCUUCGUGGCUACUCUUCUGGCACCGGCGAGUGGUUAGCCAAGAACUCAAGACUUAACGUUGCUUUUCCCGUCGCUUCCGACCAAGAUGCAUAUAAACAGGCUAAGAUACUUGUAGCGAGAAUGCGCUCGUCGCCCGAUAUAGACGUAUCGCGCGACUGGAAGAUGAUCACCGUGUUCAUCGGUGCCAACGAUCUGUGUUCAGCAUCCUGUCUCUCACCAGUUUCCUGGUCACCGACGGCUCACGCCAGGAAACUUGCUAGAGCCCUCGACUACUUCCAAGAACAUUUGCCGCGGACCAUAGUUAAUUUAAUUCCAGUUUUGGAUGUAUCUGUAUCAGUCCGCGUACAGCGACCGCUAAUGUGUCGGCUGAUGCAUCCGCUCUUCUGUCGCUGCUUUCACCGCGGAGGUGGAGAGCUACUUGACCUCGUGAAACAGGCAAGGCGUUAUCAAGCCGCUGAAAUGGCUUUAAUCGAGAGUGGAAGGUAUGACACUCGCGACGACUUCACAGUAGUUAUACAACCUUUCAUGCGUCUAUUCAAUGCACCGAUGCCUCCCACUGAGCCCCUGCCUCAAGUCAUACACCAGUCAUACAUCACUCACGACUGUUUUCACUUCUCCCAGAAGGGGCAUGCCCUUGCUGCCAACCUACUCUGGAACAAUCUACUUGAGCCUGUGGGAAAUAAGUCGGAUAACGCUCCUCCCGUGUUAAUGAACUCUUUUCGAUGUCCCUCCCGACAGACACCUUACAUCUUUACCAACAAGAAUUCUCAGAUGUUUUAUCAAACAGGAAGGCAGGAUACGUGA